UUUCUCUAACCAAUCCCACCACCUUUACAUAAACAUUUUUUGCUCUUGUGUUUUUUUACAGAUCACACUGCUCUUCUUUGUGAAACAGAAGAUGUCUUCUUCUACCUUCAAUUCUCCCAUUGCUGCAUCUGGUUAUGUUGGCUUAGCAACCAGCCCUGCGAAAAUUUUCCCAGCUAAAGACUCUAUCGGAUGGACCAAGAAAACUGUCUCCAAUGGUUCAAGAACUUGCUGCAUGAAGACAUGGAAUCCGAUCAACAACAAGAAGUUUGAGACUUUAUCUUACCUCCCACCACUCUCUGAUGAUUCAAUUGCAAAGGAGAUUGACUACAUGCUCAAGAAGGGCUGGAUCCCUUGCCUUGAGUUUGAUGAGGUGGGUUAUGUUCAAAGGGAGAAUAGCAGGAUGCCAGGGUACUAUGAUGGGAGAUAUUGGACAUUGUGGAAGUUACCCAUGUUUGGUUGCACUGACCCUUCUCUGGUGCUCAAUGAAAUCCAAGAGUGCAAGGAAAGGUUCCCAAAUGCUUAUAUACGCUGUGUAGCAUUUGACAACCAGAAGCAGGGCCAGUGCAUGGCCUUCAUCAUUCAGAAGCCAAACUCCCCCGCCGCCACCAGUACUUGAAAGGCACGAUGCCUUGUGCUUUCCAAGCACUCAGUUUUCUUUCCAAUUCUACAUUCUCGCAGUUUUCUUCUUUUUCCUGUGGUAUGUAGAAGAAGGUUGUAAUAUGUAGUUGUAGUCUCCUGUUUUUGGAAGUAAAAUAAGAAACUUGGUUAUAAUAAACGCAUCGCCUUUGUUUGUGUGGUGA